AUGGCGUUAUCGAUUUUUGUGCCGAUUGCGUAUAUCGUUACACUCUUCGCCUCUUUGGCACUUUUCUCCAAAUUUUACCGUGCGCGAACGCAGCGGCGCUCCCUCAAGUUCCAGGAAGCUGCGUCGGAAGAUGUGGAUGUACAGCCGGAUCGCGCUAUAUACCAGGCACUGAGCGAUGUGCAAGAAGAAUACCCGGAUUUGCCUGCCGAUGCCGAAGAAUGGAUCGUUCCUCGUCAUCUUCUUCAAGCAUCAUUGCUUGCUCGUGCUGUUGCUGCUUUGCGCCGCAUGAGUUCCCUUCGCGAAGACAAGCAAGCCCUUCAAUCUCUCUUGGAUCGCGGCUCACUCGGCGAUGAUGCUGCUACCAUGCUUGAGGCUAAGGAGAAUGAGACUCGCACGGAGGCUUUUGAUAUUGCGCGACAGGCGGGACGUUUCAAUCCAAACUGGAGCAAGCUCAUCUUUGAAAAUGCAAACCAAAUUUCCAUUAACCUCAAUUUCCGCGAUGUGCUGCUCAACAUUUCUAAGCAGCGCGAAGAAGAAGUAGCAAAGAUGCGUCAGAUGGGUAUGGAUCCUCCAAAGCUCAAGUUUGCUGUGAUGCCUAAGCCAGCAUAG